AUGCCAUUCCAAAGCAUUGGUUAUACACAAACUCGCAAACGCACUAACUCGGAGUCUUCUCAAACUACCAUUAAUACUGAGGCCCGGGACGUGCUGAAGGAUCUCUUCCCUAAUAUACCAGACAACGAUCUGAACCAAAUCAUCAAGACUGCGUUUCAAAAAGGCCAACGCAAAGUGGGCACGGCAGUUGAGUUACCCCUCGCUCGCCGAGCGCAACUAGCAGUCGUGGCCCAUAUUCGACAUGUGUAUACUGAUUACGAUCGUCUUCUCAAAGCCACCUCAUUCCAUGAGGCUAGAAGUAUUGUUGAAGAACCUACCUUAGCCAAAUUGGUGGAAUGGAGAGGCGAUGAUGAAAACGGGAAAACAGUCCUAGAGGACGUCUUCCGUGAAGUCAUUGUUAUUUCUGAUGAUGAAGAUAGUGAUACUGAAGGUGACAUGCCUCGGACUAUGGAUCGGGACUACAGUGUAGAGAUCGUUUCGAGCCAUCCACGUGCAGAAGACCUUCAGAUGAAGCCAAUCUACUACGCAAACUCCACCCAUCGAGAACACCACCCGGAAUUCUCGGAUGAGGAAGCCCCGCCGGGUUUUCAUUUCAUUCGAAUAGCUCCUAAAAAGCCCAGAAUUGACCGCCGCGGCUUCAGCAGAUACCAGGCCUGGGACCGCGCCAUCCACCGGUAUAGGAACGCAGCUAAUACGACUGACCAACGCAAGCUUCAUGCCGGUUCUACUAAUCAAGGAAGACCUAUAUAUGCGGCACAGCAGCCUUGGCAGGAUACCUACGGGGUUAAUAGGGACCCUGCUCCAGCCCAAGCCGUUCUUCGUCGGCAACUUUCCACCGCAUCGUACGUGAAUGCGAUUACUGAGCCGCACAUAUCAACUAUCGACCCUGUGGUAGAACGCCGUCCAUAUGAGGUAUAUCCUAUAACCCGAUCACCUCGUCAAAGAGAGGCUGUACCCAAGGUGGAGCAGGCUCUAGAGUCUUUUGGGGCUAAGAAUCUACUCCAUCAAGGUGACCCACCAAAUGCCCCUGUCUUCGUUAGUGGCCCUAAGAAGGUUCUUGGUAACAAUGGAAACCAACGUGGAUCUCAGAGACCUUCAGGCCCCAUUCAAGGCAGAGCACAUGUUAAUCCACAGGACUGUGCCUUACCUUCUAUUGAAUCUCCUUUGUCACCGGAAAACAAUACCCUGGACAAUGGCCUGUUAGACCACAUUUCCGGAAGAAUGUCGGGAGGGUGCUCUAUUCGCCCAUUAACACCACGUCAUCUCUCAUACAAGAAUACCCAAUGCCCAUCACUUGAAGAUAGGGUGCAAGACCAACUACCUAAAAGAAGGCGUGUGGCUUACUACGAACCUGUCAAUGUUGACAGGGACCAUUCCCACAACGCUCGUCCCAGCAAUCCGGCGAAUGCCCUCACGGGGGAACGGUAUAUGGCCUUAGGAUAUCCACCGAGACAAUCUCCUGUUCAGGGUGAUCUCCAUAUUCGUAAAAGAUAUCUUGCACCGUUUAAUCCUAUUCCUCAAUCAGAGCUCCAAUUAAGGAAAGUCCAAGUGUCCAAUUUAUCUGCCACCCAUCUUGAUCUUGAGCCAGGGAAUGUGCUCCCGGAAGAUUAUGAAUCUGCAGGAGGCCAAUCGCUACCCCAUAACCAAUCACUUGAAACUCGCAGGCAGUGGAGGUCUCAAGGACAGCUCCGCGCGUUGCCAGAAGCCGGAACUGCGUUUCCGACGACGCAUUGCUCUGAUAGAGCUGUUCUCCAGUGGUCUUCUAACCUUAGUGAACAGAGGAAUUGCCAUCAAGAUCAUUACACCUAUGAGAGCACGAGACCAUCCAAUAUAUCAGAAUCUCAUAAGUCUACUCGAGGCCACACUAAUGAUCACAGUCUUAUGGAGUUUGGAAAGAUCCAAAUGCGGAGGCACUAUGCUGAGGAUUUUGUUCGUACUAUUGAUUCGCAGGCCCCAAUUCCAAUAGAGUACCCGCCGCAACAUCGCCUUCAUAGGAACCAUGCCCGGGAUCCCCUUACCCAGCGGGCCUAUGUUCAACCCCCUCAUCGUCCUUCCUGCAACACUACUGUACCGGGUAAUGCCAGCUCAAGACAGCCUUCUGUUCGAGAUCCACUACAUUCGCGGGUGGCAUCUGUAGCUAGAUGCUAUGAUACGACGGCAAAUUCGGACAUGAGAUACUAUAAUGCUGGGUUGGUCGAUUCUGGAACCACAGAGCGGCCAUUCCAAGAUUCGAAUAAUUUUUCACGGUAUGGUUUUGACUACAGUAAUCUGUUUACGUAG